CGAUAUCUGAACUGCAUAACUGCAUCCACCAAAGGAGCUUCGCAUCAUCAGCUCCACACAUGUCAGCUUAUAUAUGCCAAUAGCACCGAGCUGAAUCAUGCAACCACUACGACGUCUUCUCUCAUUCUCCAAACAGCUUCCACCCCAAACAACAAUGGCAGACUUUAGCAAAGCACCAGCAGGCUCCAAGGCUGAUAUCAAGCCGUUCAAAGCUCACGUCGACCAGCAAAAGAUCGACGACUUCAAGACCCUUCUCAAGCUCUCACCGGUCGCCAAUGCGAACUAUGAGAAUUCUGAUCCUUCCGUAGCUGGACCACGUCGCUACGGUGUUCCACGAGACUGGCUGAUCAAUGCCAAAGACUACUGGCUUAACAAGUACGACUGGCGAAAGACUGAAGACUACAUCAACAGCUUCCCCAACUUCACAGCCGAAGCCAAGGAUGACUUAGGCUACUCUCAUACAAUCCACUUCGUUGCCCUCUUCAGCGAGAGAGAAGACGCUGUCCCUCUAGCGCUCUACCAUGGCUGGCCAGGAAGUUUCCUCGAAUUCCUCCAAAUCCUCGAUAUCCUCCGCAAAACCUACUCUCCUAAAGACCUCCCUUACCACGUCAUAGUCCCCAGUAUUCCAGGCUACGCCUACUCCUCCGGGCCGCCAACUGACGUGGACUACGGCCUGGAAAAUGCUGCCGAAGCGCUCAACAACCUGGCCUCCGCUCUCUUUCCACAAGGCUACCUUGCCCAAGGUGGUGACCUUGGCUCGAUGAUCUCCCGCUACCAAGCCGCCAACUGUUCCCCAUGCAAAGGGAUGCACUUGAACAUGUCUCCCGUCCCUCGUCCAAAGAACGCCGACGAGCUGCACAUGUCCGACAUCGAAGCCGGAGCCCUUCCGCGAGCAGCUCGUUUCCGUGAAACAGGUUUCGCUUACGCCCUCGAACACGGCACCCGAACCGCCACCAUCGGUCACGCCCUCGCGGCCUCCCCACUGGCCCACCUCGCCUGGAUCGGCGAGAAAUUUCUCGAAUGGACAGACGAGGAUCCUUCCCUCGAUACAAUUCUCGAUGGCGUCUCAUUGUACUGGUUCACAGACACAUUUCCAAGAUGUAUCUACCCCUACCGCGGUCUGAACGGUGGAGACGAAAGGCCACGCAUCUCCUCCGUCAGCGGUAGAGGACGUGGAGUUCAAUACGUUGAGAAACCUUCUGGUUACUCUUUCUUCCCGAAAGAAUUGGCCCCGAUGCCGGUUAGCUGGGUUGCCACGAGCGCGAACCUCGUAUUUUCGAAUGUGCAUGAGGGAGGAGGACAUUUUGCUGCUCUAGAGAAACCGAAAGAGCUACUUGGCGAUAUCGAGGCAUGGGUCAAGAAGGCGUGGAAGGCGUGAGAGAAGCAAACUUGUCAACGAAAAAGAACCUGGUCGGUGAAAUAAUCAUGACCACGCAGUUUCCAAGCUCACGUUCACGGGCC